CAGCUGUCCAUUUAUGAUUUGUGCAAAAAAAAGGAUUACAAUCUGCUUUUCAAAGAUUUUCAGUAUGAGUACGAUUAUAAAAUUUUUACCAACGGUUCUAUAUAUUUAAUUGAUUCUGAAAUAAUGAUUUCGAAUAACGGUUUUAUAUAUUUAACUGAUUCUAAAAUGUUUGUUGAUUCGAUAUUAUAUUGUUUCGACGUCGUCGAAGGGAGUAAAUUCCAAGUGAUCUUCUGUUCCGAAACCACUGACAAGAUCAAGGAGGUAACUGAUAAAAAGCCCUUGAUUUUUGACACACAAAUUAUAAGAGUUAGUGCUUAUAUAGUAUCUAUAUUACUUUUGGGGUCAGUAUUUCUGGUGUAUUCCAUAUUGCCAGAACUCCGAAAUAGACACGGCUUCAUGUUGUGCAAUCACAGCGGUGCCUCGUUUUUUGCAUACGGAAUUGACAUUGUGUAUUUUUUUAACAAAUCAGAUGAUGUACAGUAUCCCGUCUGCGUUACAAUAGCCUUUUUAAAAUAUUUUGGUUAUAUGGCGGGUUUCUCUUGGCUAAAUAUAAUAAGCUUUGAUAUGUGGUGCACAUUCAGAGGAUUCAGUUCGUUACGAAGAAACGUCAGACAACGAGAAAAAAGAAAGUUGAUAUAUUAUACGAUCUUUGCGUGGGGAUGUCCGUUUAUGUUUGCUAUUUUAUGUGUCAGCAUGGAUAUUCUUUCUGCGUAUGUACCAUUGAUUUUGCGACCGGAAUUUCAUUUACAAGAUUAUUGCUGGUUCAAUGAGAUUGGUCCGUAUUUGUUGUAUUAUUAUGUGCUCAAAAGUAUAUUCAUCAUCAGUAGCAUUUGUUUCUCUAUUUAUACGGCAUUAAAAAUUAAGCAUUUCGAAAAGGAUACGGGUUCUUGUCUGAAAGAUUCGGAGAACAAUUGCUUUAACGAUAAUAAAAAUUGGUUUAAUCUAUAUCUGAAGCUAUUUAUCGUACUGUUUAUCUUAAUAGGCAUAAAAUGGCUUAUGUUAACAGCGGAAGUAUUAUCUGAAAACGUAUCAAUUUUCAACUCGUAUGUUUUUGAUUUGCUAAACAUUAUGCAGAAUCUAUGCACCUUUAUCAUAUUUGUGUGGAGAAAAAAGAUCAAGCGCAUGUUAUUCAAGCGAUUCGGCUGCGGUUUGUUGUCAAAAGCUCGAUCCGAAUCGAAUGCAACAUUGUCGAGCAUUAUUUCCACGUAAAAAGAUAUAUAUAUAUAUAGUCAUACAGAAGAAGAUGAGUUCUUCCGGACAAGCAUAAAGUCACAUUGAUAUGACCAACCUUUAAUUUUUAUUUGAAAAUUAAAAUCAUGUUUAUUUAUGCUGAUCUUUAUGUUUAAGAUUAAUAAUUAUAAUUCAUCCAUAUUUUUGGAUUUCGUAGCAAAAGCAUAUUUAUUAUCUCGUUUCUUUUUCAAAUUUAA